AGGAACCUGUUUUACGUUUAAGGUUCCUGUUUUGAAGAACGAACAUGACGGCAUAUUACAUCACUUUGAUACUGGUCGCAAUGUUGGCCAUCCACUGCCGCGGUGGUCAGUCGAACAGUACCCCAUACUGUCGUUUUAUCACGCAGGUUAGCUGUCAGAGUAAGGGGAGAAAUGUCCUUUGUGGAACUGAUGGGAAUACUUAUCAGAAUGAAUGUUCGUUGUUGAAAGCUCAUUGUCGUAGAUCAACAGUCCAGGUGGCUCACAGAGGGGCGUGUCCGACGCCCUCCUCCGUCCUCACCGGAAUGGGCGUGGUCUCCACCUCCGACAUAGCUCUCGAUGUAUUUUGUCUGGAUCUCUUCAAACAUUCAUGUGACCGUGAAGAACGUCAAAGCGUGUGUGGAACGGACGGAACGACAUAUACCAAUCUGUGUGAGUUUGAUAAAAGUAGAUGCAUGCACAAGGAACUACGAAUUGCCAAAUUUGGAUCUUGUUGAUACACAUGCUAAUAAAUACUCUCAGUAAUGGUA